UAUUGCUCUUUGAUAAGCCGCUUUUUGCAGCAUGGCAGAUGCAAUUCGCGAUGGCGAUGGCCGACGCGAAGUGGGAGACGACGCGAUGUGGUCACUGUCAUCUGCCAAGCCUGGCAACGGCGUGGACCAGUUGCGCGACAACAAUAUGGACACGUACUGGCAGUCGGAUGGCGUCCAGCCGCAUCUGAUUAACAUCCAGUUCUCCCGCAAGAUGGCCAUCAAGGAGGUGGCGCUGUAUCUGGACUACAAACUGGACGAGAGCUACACGCCCAAGAAGAUCGCUGUCCGCAGCGGAUCAACAGUGCACGACCUCAAGGAGAUCCACGUGCAGCACAUUGCAGAACCCAACGGUUGGAUCUCCAUCCCAUUGCACACGGACGAAGGAUCGGAACAGGUUUAUUGCAUUGGUGGCGACGGUUUUUGCUGCUUAACACUUGCUGACGGCCGACUCUGCUGUUACGUCUGGUAGGCUCCGCUGCGCACGUUCUUCUUGCAGGUUGUGAUCCUAGCCAUGCAUCAGAACGGACGCGACACCCACAUCCGACAGGUGAAGAUUUACUCCCCGCGUGAGUCCAACGUACUCGACUGGUCCAUUCCGGAGGCCACCACGCUGCAGUUCGCAGCGUACUCGUGUAUCCGUUAGCGUCAGCGUCUCGAGCGUAUUACACACCUCUCCAAUUACACAUCAGCAGCAGUGAAAGUACUUAAGCGGCAUGCAGAGCUCCAACUGCAUUGAUUAAUCUAAAAGCACACACUCAUCCACCGGCAGUACCGAAUAGCAGAGUGACCGAAAGCGAAUAAUUCUCAAUUUAUGACGACGGUGACGGUUCUCGGUAGUUCGUCUGCUGCGCCGCGUUCUUAAACCUGCAAUCGGCACCAUGAAAGUUAGUAUACACUCUCAUGAGCUGCCGUCUCCUUCGCUGCACGUACACGC